AGAAAUGGUCAAGGGCUUCAAGACAGCGGUGAAGUUCGAUGAGGCGUCAAGACUGGAGUUUGUGCAGGGCAUGCGCAAGCGGAAGAACCAGAGACGCCAGAAGGCUGCCAACCAGAUCAAACUGAAGAUGAAGCAGGACAGGAGGGCGUACGACAGGAAGAAGAAACAACUGCAGCUGAAGGAGAUAGCUGAGCUGGACAAAAUAGAGGCAGAGGCUGAGCACAUCAAUUUGAAGCGAUUGGCCACGUGUUCGGCCGAAAAUGAACAGACUCAUUUUAGUUCUAUACCAGGAGUCACAAUUGAGCCAAUCAGUUUCGACACUAGUCAUCUGCAUGUCACUGCAAACUUGGACGCAGAAGAAGAGUCGGAAUCAGAAACUAAAAUGAAGGAGGGCGAAUAUGAUUCAACUAAGGACAAGUUGGAUGAUCUUCGGCACAGUUACAAGAAACUGGUGAAAGAUCGCAUUAAGAAGCAGAAAAAUAAACUUAAAAAGAGGAAAAAGUAAAGUAAAUGUUUCUGUUGCCGAUGUUGCUUCAAACAAUGAUCUGGCUGUAGUUAGUUACGGAAGGAAGAUGCACACGAUGGGCUUCCGAUUGUUUGAACGAAGACCGCAAAAACUCUAAAUGAACCGAACAAUUGAUCACCGUUUUUUAGUUCUCAUAUGUAAUUUUGAACCGCAGUAGAAAUUUAUUGUUCGCUGCAAUAAUCUCAAGUCCAAGGCUCAAGAAAAAAAAACAGUUGAAAGAAAGACUAUUUCAUUAGAGUACUUUGUC